AUGGGGGAACUAUUCAGGAGUGAGGAGAUGACCCUCGCUCAGCUGUUUCUCCAGUCAGAGGCAGCCUACUGCUGUGUCAGCGAACUGGGAGAACUGGGCAUGGUCCAGUUUAGAGAUCUGAAUCCAGACGUAAAUGUGUUCCAACGCAAGUUUGUGAAUGAAGUGAGGAGAUGUGAGGAGAUGGACAGGAAACUGAGGUUUGUGGAGAAAGAAAUCAAGAAAGCCAACAUCCCAACUGUGGACACUGGAGAAAAUCCAGAGGUGCCAUUUCCAAGGGACAUGAUCGAUCUAGAGGCUACCUUUGAGAAGCUGGAAAAUGAAUUGAAGGAGAUCAACACCAACCAGGAAGCCCUGAAGAAGAACUUCCUGGAGCUGACGGAGCUCAAACACAUCCUCCGUCGAACACAGCAGUUCUUUGAUGAGAUGGAGGAUCCCAAUUUGCUGGAAGAGUCAUCAGCCCUGAUGGAGGGCAAUGAGGGGGGCCGUGGGGCCCCGCUCAGAUUGGGGUUUGUGGCUGGUGUGAUCAGCAGGGAGAGGAUUCCCACGUUUGAGAGGAUGCUGUGGAGGGUGUGUCGCGGUAACGUCUUCUUAAGGAAGGCUGAGAUCGAGGACCCACUGGAGGACCCGGCCACGGUCAGCACACAUGGCAUACAAUCACACAGAGUAGCAAAUAGACACAUUAAGAAAAAACAUAAGUACAAAGCUGCAUAUUCUAGGUUUAAUAACUUCAUCCCUUUCCAACAGGGAGACCAAGUCCACAAAUCCGUCUUCAUCAUCUUCUUCCAAGGUGACCAGCUGAAGAACAGGGUGAAGAAGAUCUGUGAGGGGUUCCGUGCCUCUCUCUACCCCUGCCCAGAGACCCCACAGGAGAGGAAGGAGAUGCUGGCUGGAGUCAACAGCCGCAUUGACGACCUCCAGAUGGUGCUGAACCAAACAGAGGACCACCGUCAGCGAGUGCUGCAGGCCGCCUCUAAGACCAUGCGGGUGUGGUUCAUCAAGGUGAGGAAGAUGAAGGCCAUCUACCACACGCUCAACCUUUGCAACAUUGACGUCACCCAGAAAUGUCUGAUUGCUGAGGUGUGGUGUCCCGUAUCAGACCUGGACUCCAUCCAGUUCGCUCUGCGCAGAGGGACGGAGAGGAGUGGCUCUACGGUGCCGUCCAUCCUCAACAGGAUGCAGACCAAGCAGACUCCACCCACCUUCAACAAGACCAACAAGUUCACAUCAGGUUUCCAGAACAUCGUUGACGCCUACGGCAUUGGGAACUAUCGGGAAAUCAAUCCAGCUCCGUACACCAUCAUCACCUUCCCCUUCCUGUUUGCUGUGAUGUUUGGUGACAUGGGUCAUGGCGUGCUGAUGACCAGUGCUGCCCUCUACCUGGUAAUCCGAGAGAGUCGGAUCCUUUCCCAGAAGAGUGACAAUGAGAUGUUCAACAUGGUGUUUGCUGGUCGUUACAUCAUCCUGCUGAUGGGGCUCUUCUCCAUCUACACUGGCGUCAUUUAUAACGACUGCUUCUCCAAAUCACUAAACAUGUUUGGCUCUGGAUGGAGUGUCAGGCCAAUGUUUGGCCCAAAAGGAGCCAACUGGACGUCUGAGACUCUUGAUGGAAAUUCAGUAUUACAGUUAGACCCAGCCGUUCCUGGCGUGUUCGGUGGGCCUUAUCCUCUGGGAAUUGACCCGAUCUGGAACGUUGCCACCAACAAGCUGACCUUCCUCAACUCAUUCAAGAUGAAGAUGUCUGUCAUCCUGGGUGUCAUCCACAUGCUGUUUGGAGUGUCCCUCAGUCUCUUCAACCACCUGUACUUCAAGAAGCCACUGAACAUCUUCCUGGGCUUCAUCCCAGAGAUCGUCUUUAUGGCCAGCCUGUUUGGCUACCUCAUCUUGCUGAUCUUCUACAAGUGGGCAGCCUAUGACGCCUUUGACUCCAAGGAUGCUCCCAGCCUGCUUAUCCACUUUAUCAAUAUGUGUCUCUUCAACUACAAUGACCCCACCAACAAACCCCUCUACCCGGGACAGAUGGGGAUCCAGGUUUUGUUGGUGCUGAUUGCCCUUGCAUGUGUACCCUGUAUGCUGAUUGUGAAAACUAUGGUGCUUCGGCGUCAGCACCUGUGGAAAAAGCACCUGUCCCAGAAGAGGGAAGAAACCCCAGCAGAGAAUCUAGAGCAGUCUUUAGAGCAAACAGGCGUGUCCUCAUCAUGCACCGGACUCACCCAACAGGGCACGCAGAAGUUCGGAGGGGUGCGGGUGGGCAACGGGCCCACGGAGGACGAGGCUGGCAUCAUGGACCACGACCAGCUCUCCCAGCACUCAGAGGAAGGAGAUGAGCACUCAGAGGAAGAGCCGUUUGACUUUGGUGACGUAGCUGUCAUCCAGGCCAUCCACACCAUAGAGUACUGUCUGGGAUGCAUCUCCAACACUGCCUCCUACCUGCGCCUCUGGGCACUCAGCCUUGCUCAUGCACAGCUGUCAGAGGUGCUGUGGUCUAUGGUGAUGCACCUGGGUCUGUCCUCCCGUAGCGGGGGCGGGUUCUUCGGCCUGGCGAUCAUCUUCGGGGCCUUCGCCACUCUCACAGUCGCUAUCCUGCUCAUCAUGGAGGGGCUGUCAGCCUUCCUGCAUGCCCUGCGUCUGCACUGGGUUGAGUUCCAGAAUAAGUUCUACUGCGGCCAGGGCUUCAAGUUUGUCCCCUUUUCAUUCGAGAGCAUCCUGGAUGGACGAUUUGACGAGUGA